CCAAUUUUGUGUUGGUUAAUCAUCUUCCCCAUUUCUCAAAAUCACCAUUAAUUCACCUUCUUAGGAGUGAGAAAGAGAGAUAUGGAAGUGAGCAUGGCAGCUCACUCCCCUCUCAUACAUCAUUCCAAUUUCACGAGUACCCCACUUUAUUCACUUCCCACCAACUUCAAAUUGAAGUCAUGCAAGAAUCAGUCUUUGAGAAUCUUAUGCGACCAUUCCUGCUUUGAGGUUAGGAAGCUCUGUUAUAAGCCACCUGGCACUCAGCUCAAUAUUCUGAAUGACGUAAGCUUUUGUCUUCCACAAAAAAGUUUUGGCUUAAUCUUUGGACGGAGUGGGAGUGGGAAAACAACAUUACUGCAGCUACUUGCUGGAUUAAACAAACCAACAUCAGGUUCCAUCAUUCUACAAAGAUAUGCAGAGGAUGGAUCUCCAAAUCAGCCUCCUGAGUCAAUACCACCGCAACGAGUUGGUAUAGUUUUCCAGUUUCCUGAAAGAUACUUUCUGGCCGAUACGCUGUUGGAGGAGGUAACAUUCGCUUGGCCUAAGCAAAAGGGAGGUCUUCAAAUAAGGGAACACCUUGCUUCGAAUCUUGCACGAGCUCUAAAUUGGGUUGGUUUGGAUGGUGUGCCCUUCGAUAAAGAUCCCCAAUCCCUUAGUGGCGGAUACAAGCGACGUCUUGCUCUUGCCAUUCAAUUAAUUCAAGUUCCAGAGCUGUUGAUACUAGAUGAGCCCCUAGCUGGUCUUGAUUGGAAAGCACGGGCAGAUGUGGCUAAACUACUGAAGAUUCUGAAGAAGGAGUUGACUCUACUUGUUGUCAGCCAUGAUCUUAAAGAGCUAGCGCCCCUUGUUGAUCGAUCAUGGAGGAUGGAAGGUGGUGGUGUUCUGAAAGAGGAGCUGCCACCAUUAUGAAAUUAAUUCUAAACAUUGUUGCUCUGAUUUAGAUCUGAUGCCAGCAUUUUUAUGUCUUAGACUUGGUAGUAAGCAAUACAUAAGUAAAUGACUAUACUGUUUGAGAAAUGGUCUAUGAAUUGUCUUAAAAGAUUUAUGAAAUGAAUAUCAGCAGUUGGAACUUACCAAUUUGUUUCGCAAACCCCUAGAUCCUUUUGUAGGUGUCAACCUUUUGCACUUAGAAGUGUGGUGGUUGUAUAUAUGAGCCUUUGAUGGUGCUUUACUUGAUCAGUGGGUUUGGUUAAAUGAAACAAAGCAUAACUUAAUAUGUGGUGACACGGUGCGUAGGUAGUAUUGAAAUUUGAUAAUUUUUCCAUCAUCAUUGAUCUUGUUUAAUGACCAUGUUUUUGAUAGUAGACGCCAUUUUAUGAAGUGACACGGCAUUUAAUAGUCAGUGUCAAACUGUCACAUGCUUAGUUUGGCAAGCGAUGCUUGGCUGUCAGCUUAUAGAUAUGGUCGAACAGCCAAGCAGCUUGCGUAACUUUUUGCCAGGUUUUUAGCCAUCAUGUCUUGCAUGUUAGCAGCUUACAGCCAAAAGCUGAAUUUAUCAAACUUCUUUUUUGACCAACUAUUGUGUUAACAAGUGACCAUAACAGCUUAUAUGGAUAGAUACUCUGAAUUUGUCAAACAGUAAACCAACCAACAGCCUAAUUAAUCAGAGCUACAAUAUGUAUUUGGCAAGGAACAUUUUCCAUGAAAUAUAGGCUGCUCCAUAAGAUUCCCAACAUCCUUGGUACACUUAGCAGCUUAGUAUUGUUGCACAAGAUGAUUUAAGGUUGCUGAUAUAUAUAUCCCAAAAGCUAAUCAACUUUGUCUUUUUGCACAUAGGGGUGGAUCAAGUGUAUAGGAUUGUGUACCUUGUACAUCCCCAGAAAAAGGAAUCAUUUAUGCUGUCAUGCUACCUCACUUGACUGAAAGACUAAUCUAUCUUGCAUUUCUGCAAGUGUGGCUUUAAAUUACAGUGAACUGGAUGGCUUUGUUGUAAGGAAAUACAGGCAAUGUUGUUGAUCAAAUGUUUAGUUGGUUAUUUUAUGUGUCUUAGUAUUAUCGCAAACAGGAAAGAUCUGUAUUGAAGGAUGAGGAAGUCAAACACUCAAGCCAAGAAUCUAAAGAUAAGUUUUUCUCUAUAUUCCCUCUUGAUGUACAUAAAUGUCCAUGAAUAUUUUGAGUAUAUGUGUAUGAAAUUAACUGAUAAUAUAUGAUCACGAAGAAUUGCUUCAUAAUGUAAUUGAAUGGUUAAAUAUGUCUUGAAUACAAUAUCUUAUGUUAGUUGCAUGAAUACAUGUAUAUUAUCAGUAAUGUACAUGUCCAUUAUUGUGUUGCACUUUGAAACACACUAGUGUUAGUUAUAACUGUGAUAUGUUGCGGAAUGCACUCAGCAGAGAGAAGUGUCUGAUAAAAAAAUAAAUAAAUAAAUAAAUGCUGCAUUGUGAAUUGAUUGAUUGUUAAAUUUUAUGGUUGUUGGUCAUAUACUUUCUUAGUGAUUUUCCCUUCAAUAUCUUUUGGUUACAUAGUUAUGGCUAAAAAUAAAAGAUUAACCUAACCUUGUUUGUGCUAGACACUUGACCUAUGUGGUGGGUUUGCUUGCACGAUAAAGAGUAAUUCGCCAAAGCUUGUUUUCUCAUAUUUGCUUCUUCAGGAAAGCAUAUUUUAUGCGUUCCUAGUAACCAUUAAUAUCUCUGCAUCAAUAUCCCUGUAUUUUUUUUUUUGGGGAAUUAAUAUUGCGUACUUAAAAUUUUCGUUACUAGUUCAAUAUUUUAACAAAAUUAGUUUACGAGAAGAUUAUUUAAGAUUUUCUGUAAAAUCUGGCCUUUAUUGUAGAUAAUAAUUUGGAUUACAUUGGCUGAUUAGAGUUAGCUAACUGCAGUGAAAUAUUUUACAUUAUGCUACAGCCUAUGGGAGGUAGGUUUUCUAUUCUAGGAUUGUGGUUUUCCUCUUGGAAUUGUUCGAUGGUCUUUCUGUUGAUUCAGUUAUGAAUGUAAGUUUGAGUCUACUCCCUGGCCUUUGCCUCAUAAAGAAGAGAGGGCGGCGGUGGGGAGUAAAGGAUGUCCUGUGAGAAAUUAUGGACGUUAGGUUCUCCUUGACUAUCUCUUGGUUAGACUGGCGCUAAGUUUCCAUAGUUGUUUUAGGAUAGAAGUGGGUGGCUGAUCCAGGUGAUUACACAAUAAGUAAGAUGUAUUUUUUGUAAUGAAGAUAGACAGGAGGGGAGAGAAAGUAUGUGCCAAGUAUGAAUAAAGUAAAUGGGAAAGACUUAAAAGUUACUAGAAAAGGAAGUGUUGUAACAUUUUUGUAACAUCCCAAACUAGCAAGUAAUGCAAAUGUUGUGAAACCGAAAUAGUAUGAAUUGGAUGAUGUUACCAUGUAUCAUUUACUCAUGUGACUAUAUUUCUAUAUAUAAUUCAAUAGGCUUACAGUGAGUUUGGGAACUUGGUUAGGGAUGAAAUCUAUUGAAAAGUAAGAUUAUGAAAAUAUGUAGCUAAGCAAAACUAUUAUAAUUACUUGUUUCAGUGUUUCAUUUGUGUAGUUGUUUAAUGGGUGAAAGUGAAAGCACAAAACUAUUGAGAACCAAAAAAAAAAAAAAAAUCUAGCUUGCUGUUUAGUUUGAUGAGGAAAACUGUUGAAAUUAAAAAGAGUAAUUUACAUUUUUACAUUUUUUCCAUUAAAUUGAAAAUGAAACUAUGAAAAUCUAAUCGACCCAGUUUUCAACAUAUUGCCAUAAUAUAGCUUUUCUAAUGUUUUUUCCUCAUUAAUUAAACAUGGUAAAAUUGAGAAAUCCAUACAUUUUCAUGCUUUUACCAAGUUUUCCUCUUUAAUGUGAAGUUACCAAACACACUGUCAAAAACUCAAAAUCAAAUAUGUAAUGAAAUUGGAAAAGUUUUAAACAAACUUGGUUAUAAAGGAAUAUAAUAGCAGCACACCUGAUUGUUACGGAGUACAUUACUUAAUGUUCAUUGGAAAUGGCAUAGAAAAGAAUAGAAAGAUUUAUUACAAUGAUCACUAGCACAAGCUUUAUAUAAAUAGAAGAGCAGCUUCUUGCAAAUAACCAUAUACUGCAUGAGCUCAUGUACUUCUAACCAUGCAUAGCAUUACUCAACACUCUAUGCAUACUAGAUAUAAUAUAAUUAUUUAAACAACUUCUAAUCCUGAACUUCCUCGUUCUGCUGCAGUUCCAACACAAAAUCUGCAUUCAAGAAUUGGAAAUCAUUAUAUGAGCUUAUUGGCUGUCAUUACGACUUCAUAUUUAUUACUGAGCAAUUGAGGAGAGCAAAAAGAAUGCGGCAAAUCAUAAAGCCAGAGAUAUAUUAGGUGCGAUAUUUAAAAGAACUGUGAGUGGUCAUACCAACAACCAAAGUUUGCAAUGAACUUGUGGCAUCUUUUUGGAACUUCCGGUGCAUCCAGCUGAGUAACUGCAUGGAAUAAUUACAUAAACUCAGAAUUAGAUUGAAUAAAAGGAUAACAUUGCAGCUCCAAUUUGUUGCAGUUUUGCUGCUGCACAAAAUUUUAACAGCAACCUUCUUUCAGUCCUCCCUGAAAAUGCCCAACCUACUUAAGGGAACUCAACAAAAUUUAUCGAAAACUAAGAAGAGGUCGCUUUCAAGUUGUAAAGGUUCAUUUGUUUCUAAAGCUCCAAAAUGGUUAUCAACUCUGGUUUGCCAUUUUUUCUAAUGCUUCCCUGGAAUUAAGUGAGGGCUGAUCGGAGGUAGUUCCAUGUAUGUGUUUGCUAUUAGUACGCGUGCUACCAAAGCCUCCAAUUGAACCUUUAAAAGGUUUGGCUAAAUAUUUGAGGAUUGGAUAGAUGUUUAUUAUCAACCUCUUCUUUUUAAGAUAUUGUCUACCCCUUUUUUUUAAUAAGAUUUUGUCAACCUCAUAUACUUGUGUUCGUUGAAAGAGAAAUAUGGGGUCAAUCGGUCAAUCACCUCUAUCUUGAAAUGCCCAGGAAGAAUUUUUAUGACUAGAAAA